AUGGAUAAUGUAUCGUCAAUGUUUUUUCUUUCAGGUUUAAGUGAGACAAGGAACUACCGCUUUACUAUUUUCUUUCUCACUUUACUUUGUUACUGUGUGAUAUUGGUGGUCAAUUCUAUUCUCAUUGUGACCAUCAUCAUUGAUAAAACUCUGCAUGAACCAAUGUAUAUUCUGUUGUGCACAUUCUGUAUAAACGGCCUUUAUGGGUCAUCUGGUUUCUAUCCUAAGUUUCUCUGGGAUCUGCUGUCUCCAGUUCAUGUUAUCUCAUACUCUGGAUGUCUCAUCCAGGCUCUAGUGAUGUACUCCUUUGCCUGCAUUGAUCUCUCUAUUCUAGCAGUGAUGGCGUACGAUAGAUACUUGGCUAUAUGUCGACCGCUGGAGUAUCACUCCCUCAUGUCCAAGCAGAGACUGGUCAAGUUAGUGUGUUUCUCUGUGAUUACACCUUUUUGCAUGAUGUCAGCGAACAUCUUUCUAACUUCUAGAUUAAAGCUGUGCAGUCGUCAUAUUGCCAGGCUGUUUUGUGUGAAUUGGAUUAUUGUCUUGCUUGCAUGUUACCCAGCUGACACUACUCUUAACAACAUUGUGGGUUAUGUAACAAUAAUAUUUUAUGUACUUCACGGUGCGUUUAUAGUGUGGUCCUACAUGUAUCUCAUCAAAACAUGUGUGAAUUCUGCAGAAAACAGGGCAAAGUUCAUGCAGACAUGUGUGCCACAUUUAGCCUCCCUGCUCACUUUCCUUGUGACUAUACUGUUGGAUAUUAUGUAUAUUCGAUACGGUUCAAGGGAUUUACCUCAAACCAUCCAAAACUUUAUCGCUAUAGGGUUUCUUAUCAUACCUCCAAUUAUGAAUCCUUCAAUCUAUGGUUUGAAACUGAAAAAGAUUCAACACAGAAUUCUGCGUUUUCUUAACAUUAAAAUCAAAUAAUGAUGCCACAGACGUUUGAUUUGGCACACUUGGGUUGAUGACUGCAUUUUUUUUAAAGUGUCUUUUUUAUGCUCGAGGUUGCAGAAAAUCUUUUUUACAUAAAAGAUAUUGUUCUGAAAAACAUAAUUCAAAAAGUUGUAUGUAAGAAGAGCAUAUGCCAAGCAUUAUCAUAUUCAUUGUCUUUUUUAAAUCAGUGUUUGUUAUUUAAGGGAAGAAGAAAAUGCACAAAUUUAGCAGAGGCUGAACUCAAAUGCUGAUAAAGUUUCUUAUCAUAUGUCUGCUUUCAUACAUGUAGUCGUUGUGUCGCUGUAUUUAUAAAGACUGUAUAUAUUUAAAUUCUAUAAAGAGAUGUUAGAAGAUUGUGACAGAAUGCUUACAUUUCAUUCAAAUAAUCUGGACUUGCUGUCUUGACUACAGAUAUAAAGAUCUACACUUCAUUUCUUUCUGGUGUAUGUAGCUCACUUAAUUUGAAAAAUGUUACUAGUCAAGAUAUAUGUACAUCAUGUGGGUUUUGUCAAAGUCAAUAUAUUACUACUGUACGUGAACUUAAGUAUGAGGGAAGAAUAUAAGGCAGUGAUAGCAUCUAGCAACAGUAUGCCCUUACAUUUUUUAUUAAUAUAGUUAGUAAACAUUAGACAAGUGUCUGUUUCUCAUUUAAAGUCAACUUACAAAGAUAUUUUCAAAUGAAGCAUAGAAGAGUCCAAUUUCAUGUAUUCACAUUAUGCUGCUUGUAGGCUUUUAUUUGAUCAUUAUUCUUCAUCACUAGAACAAUUAGCCAGAGAUGAACAGUGUUCAACUUUGCACAUUCAUUUCUUAACCCUUACCUUUCUGAACCAUGCUGCAAUAGAAAAUGCAAAAUGCAGACAGAAUGUAAUCUUAUAUUGUAUAUUAUUUAAUGAAAACAUGCUUCACUGAGGCUU